AUGGUGACCAGGAAGACCCGAGGGAAGCAGUUGGCAUCCGGAGACACCGGACCCACGAUGAAGCACCAGCGGCCAUUCACCGCUCCCGGAGUGAGCUCCUCCACACGUGCAAUUUCACCUUGUCGGUCCUCGAGGAUCGAUCUAGCCUAUAUACCCCCGAGGAGUGGUAUGUCCCCUCUCAAGCGGAAGCAUAUCCUGCUGAGCCGCAUCAACGAUAUCAGUGGGUUGUGCCGCACAUCCGGCCUGAAGGGCUUGCCUGACACUAUCACAGCAGAGGCAUACGCUCGAAACUUUCUCGAUUUACCCGUGAAUAGCAUAAACCCACGCCGAGAUUGUGAUGAUGACGAUGACUCUGUGGUGAUAUCAGCCAUAAUGGAGUGGUUGGAUGAGCCUCUAGGCUCAUUAUGGCACUUUCAUAUCGAACUAGGGGAGAAGCCUGGUUCGGCGUCUAGCAUUUUCUUCGUACACGAUGGAUUGAAAUACGUCACUAAUUUGCAUCCCGAUCACCUUCCCAUGAUGAGGCUCAUAGAGUUCUAUGUACAUGUAUCCCAACGACUCCAGCGCUCGAGUCGGGAGGGUGCUCCUCGAGCAGUUCUCACCAGGAAAGCUCUAAACACCAAUCCUACACCGGUCAUGGCGUUAUUGGAGAAGUCAGUACGGAGGGUUCGUAUACGAGCUCGGAAGUUUAUUGCCCAACUCAAGCGUUGCGGUGGAGUAUCAGCAUUCGAGACGUGGCCGAAUUGGGCUAAUUUUAAUGUCGGUGGCCCUUUAGAUGAGGGCCAUCUUAAGAGGAUGAGCUCGGAGGCGAUAGCACUGAUUGAGGCUGAGACUAGGAUCCCGGAGAUCAGGUGUGUCAAGGCUUGCAUGAUGCUUAUGAUGAAAUGGCUCAACGUGUCUUUCAGGGAAAAUCCAGAUUCUCCCGCUGCCAGCAAUGAUCCACCUUAUCAUGCCCGUUUUUCCGUUGAACCCGGUGUAUCGCCACACGAGGAGAAUUGGAGUAUCUUGGGAGCUAAGGGCUGGUACUAUCCUACCUAUCGUCCUGUGAUGCCAUCGACUAGUAGCGAGAGCGGUAUUACCCCAGUGGUUGAGAAGAAGAGAGAGAGAUUGGCCAAUGAGAAGAGGCAGUGUCUUAAAGUGUCUCGGAGAUGGAGUAUCGAUCCCACUGUUGCGAGGAUCAUCUCCAUUUCAUUUACUAGUGUAGUAGCAGAUGGAUCUAAGACGAUCGGGAAGGAGCGGUACCAUGCGAUGUGCAAGAGGUGUGUUCUCGAGAGUGCGACAAAUCCCAACAUAGUGGACUCUCUAGCUCCGGAAUGGUUCCAUGUUAUCGAUGCAGACCAUGAUGGGCGAGUAUGCUUGGAUGACAUACUACGAUGGUAUACGAAGUUAACACUACACCAAUCUGACCUGAUGGAGACCGUAAAGGAGGAUGAGAUAGAGGGCGACGGCAGAGCUCUGCCAAAGGUCGGAGCCAGUUACUUUGAGAGGCAAGCCAGUGUUCAUUCUGAAUCGACUGAGCCGUCGCCGCAGAAGGGGGAGGCUCAGAAUGCUGCUACUACGCCAUCAGAUGGCGAGGGAGUUGCUGGGUUGGCUCGACUGAAUACUCAAAUGAGCGUCAGGAUCGAUGCUGCAGAGGGUGACUCGGAAGGAGAAGGUGUUGUUGUCGCUAGCAACAUGGAAGUUACUGAAGGAGAUCGGACCUCAGAGCAAGCUGUGGAUUCUCCAUCAGUGGCUCGGGAUGAGGAUCUCUUGCGUGACAACUUCAGUACCGUGGCCAUGCUCUUGGAUGAGAUGAUUGAUGGUCCCGGCCUACCCUUCUCGACUCAUAAGGCAACUCUGGAGGCGAUGCUACCACCUCCUACAAUGCUAGGCAAGUUCAUCGCAGCAGUAGCAGGGACGUCGGCCAAGAUGGCCACUGAUCGUCAACAGGCCGUAGCACUCCCUUCUGCUAACCUUAGUCUUGGUGUUCGUAAGUUCCCCUACUUUACUGGUCUAUAG